GCUCUUUCCAGUGAUCAACACAGACCUCUCGCAAACAAACAAUCAAUCAAAAUGUUCCGUCUGGUGGUGUUGUCCGCUCUUCUCGCCGUUGCCGCUGCCGCCCCGGGAGCCACGCUGGUUCACUCGGCCCCGCUGGCCUACUCCGUUGCUGCCCCGGCCGUUCUGGCUCACAAGGAGAUCUCGUACCAGAAGAGCAUCGUCGAGGAGCCCACGUUGGCUCAUGUUGGAACCGUUCUUAAACACGUCCCAACUGGAGUUACGCACACGAGCUCGGCCGUGGUUCACGACACGAAGGUGCAUCAGGAUGUGUACGCUCCGGCCGUGAAGAAGACCGUCGUGUCGACCCCGGUCGAGAAGACAGUCUACCAGGCCGCCGCUCCGGUCGUCCACACCCCGACCGUGUACGCUGCCCAUGCCCCGGCCCACUACGCUUAUGCUGCUCCGGCCCACUACGCUUAUGCUGCCCCGGCCCACUACGCCUAUGCUGCUCCGGCCAAGACCUACGUCCAUGCUGCUGCUCCGGCUCACAUCAGCUACGAGGCUGCGGCCCCGGUAUCGUACGUUGCCGCCGCUCCGCUGGCCAAGGCGGCCUACGUCAGCAGCUAUCCGUCGGUCUAUGGUGCUCCGGCCGUGUACGCCAACGAGUGGCACUGAAGAACCUGACUGUCUCCAGGAACUGCCCCCUUUCGAUCGCAUUUCACACGGUGGCACAUCCAACAGUCGGUGACGAUUGCUUUUCUUUUGUUUACCUUUGACUGUUUCGGUAAAAGAGAAGGAAAUCAGUUCGAGAGCGAGAAGAAU